CCCAUUUGUCUGGUGAAGUCAGCAACGUUGCGUGUUUCUCAGUGAAGCAAUAAGAAAAAGUUAACAUCCAUCAGAAGCUUCAAGAACCAAGAUUCUCAUGCUGCCUUGUUUACAUGAUGGACGGCUAUAUCAUAUCAUCUGCAUCAGAGGAAAAUGUUCCAAUUGAACCAGAGAACUAUCAACCACCUGCAGAGCUGUACCCAUACCUCACUAAUGUGGGGGAGAUUUAUGAAGACCACAGAUGGACAUUCCACUCAGAGCGCGUCCAGACGACAGACUUUGAGAACUCUCCAGUGAAUCGCCUCAUAGAGCUUCAGCCUGUGUCUCCUCAACAACUGGUGCAGCCAUAUCGCUUCAGCAGUGAGUCUCUGCCCCUCCACCUGGACCCUCCGCUCGGCCUCUCUGUGUCACCGCAGAUCCCAUACUACACGCCGUCCCCGUUGUACCAGUACCAACCGACUGCCUCGCCUGGACAUUACUACUCUGAGGAGGAACAAAGAGGAAUCAGUCCUCCACUUGAGGUAUCAGAAGGGGAGGAUGAAUAUGAAGACCACAGUCACUCCUCCUUCCGAAAAGACACUAGCAACAAGAAGAAAAUCCGCCUGUACCAGUUCCUCCUGGACUUGCUACGAAAAGGUGACAUGAGUGACAGCAUCUGGUGGGUGGACCAGGACAAGGGCAUCUUUCAGUUCUCCACAAAACACAAAGAAGUUCUGGCCAGCCACUGGGGCAAUCAAAAAGGAAACCGCAAAAAAAUGACCUACCAAAAAAUGGCUCGAGCUCUGAGGAACUAUGGUAAAUCAGGAGAGAUUAAAAAAGUAAAGAAGAAGCUGACCUACCAGUUCAGUGAGGAAGUGCUGAGGGACCUGUAUUUACGUCAGUAUUCACGCUGAUGAGGGAAUAAAGGCUGGCUGUCAUUAUGCUGAAAUCACUAAACUAGCCAAGAUUGGGUUUUUUUUUGCCUGUUUGCAAUUUUACUCAGUAGUUUCAUUUAGUUUACCAAGUUUUCUCCCCUAUUUAUUUGUGAUGCCAGUGUUCAUCCUCUACAACAUUUGCUUCGAUAUAAAGCUCUUCAUUUCAGACUCAAA